AUGGGCAAGGAGAUGAAGGGAUAUUUGGUUGGUCCAAUGCCGGUGGAACAAUUUCUCAAGGAGUUCCUAUCGCCUUCAGCGAUCCCGGAUCAUGAACCUUUAACCUCCUUCUCUGAUGGUGCGUUCGAGAGCACACUCUCUGCUCUCCAGGAGACGAAAGCUUAUGAACCAUUUGUAAUGCAGAUUAACACCAUGUCAUCUUUUGCUCCUGGUCUAUCGUUUAUCGACACCCACAACCAUCCAGACACAACAAAUUGCAAAUUAUUCACAUUUCAAAUCAAACCAGACAUCUGCGUUUAUGCCGAUGGAGCCUUGCCACCCCGCGCUAGACAAUCCUCCUGCGAUAUCUCUGCCGCGGAAGUGAUUAUUGAAUUCAAGUGGGAUCCCCAUCAUACUCCAUUCUAUACGCCUGCAAGUGGCCCAAGUACUACAGCGCACUUCAUAUCUGAAACCGACAAGGCCAUGGACACAUUGGGACAGAUAACGAGUUAUACCACAGCCCAGCUUGGCGCACAAUACCAUACUCACGCAUUCUCCAUUCUGAUCGUAUACGAUCAAGCUCAUAUCAUAAGAUGGGAUAGGGAGGGAGCUACAGUUUCUUCCGCCAUCAACUACAAUGAAGAGCCACAUCUAGCUGAUUUUUUCCAUCGUUACGUACAAGCAUCGCCUGCAUUGCGUGGUGUCGACACUUCGGUAACGCUUGCUAGUGCCGAGGAAUCUCGCCUUGCAAGAUUGCAGUUAGGCCUUUCCGCUACUAGAUGCAUGUUGAAGGUGGCUGUCCCUGAUAUCGAUAACACUGGCUCGGUUACCUUGGUUUUUCCUGCGCCUUCACCAGUCGGUCAAUCCCCUAUUGGCCGAUGUACACGUGCAUGUCCUGCGUACGAUAUUGACAAUGACAGAGUUGUCAUGUUCAAAGACUCUUGGUGGGUCGCAAUCGCCGAUGUCCUACCAGAAGGCGAGACAUACAAAAUAUUAAAAAAAACAAUGUUUCCAACAUUGCAUCGUGCAUUGCAUGUCACGACGUACCCUCUAUCCCUCAACAAACCCCGCAGACUCACAAGUUAG